CUAUCAUUAAACUUUCAUCCCGCCUUAUAAAGCAAACCAACCCAAAAUGACGUCCUGCCUUUGUUCUUAUUCUUCUAGUACAGCAUGGAAAUUGAGCGCCUACUUUUCGAAAACGCAACGAGAGCCUCGCUUUUCGGUGUAAUCGCCCUCGCCUAUUUCCUGUACCGAGGAUACACUCGCAUAUCCGUAUCCCAUAUUCCUGGUCCUGAACCAGAAUCAUUUAUACUGGGUAAUCUACCGGAGCUAUUCCAAAGCCAGGUUGGUGUACCAGAUUUCAAAUGGAAGCAGCAAUUUGGGGAUAUCGUUCGAAUCAAAGGCCCGUUUGGGGAAGAUCGCCUCUUCAUCUCGGAUCCUAAAGCCAUGCAAUACAUAUUUCAUACAGCAGGUUAUGGAUUUCUCAAAUGGCCAGAACGCACUGAAAUUAGUCGGGUUCUCAUGGGGAGAGGUUUAUUAUGGGCUGACGAUGCUAUUCACAGACGACAAAGGAAGGUGAUGCUUCCCGGAUUUGGAGCUCCCGAAUGCAAGGCUUUUGUUCCUAUUUUCCUAAAAGCUGCAUCUGCUCUCGUGGAGCAAUGGAAUGAUCUUCUCGCAAGCUCUAUUGACCAAUCGGUCGAGCUCAAUGUCGCGUCGUGGCUUUCUAGGGCAACCAUGGAUUCACUUGGGGAAGCGGCAUUUGAUUAUCACUUUGGAGCAUUGGAAAACAAGGAGAACGAGUUGAUGAAAGCGUAUUUUGGCCUAAUGUCGGACACCCUUGGCCAGCCGUCGCGUCAAGCAAUCUUCACUCAGACUGUAAUGCCGGUCUGGUAUCUCCGAUUCAUGUCAAGAUAUUCUAAUACAAGACGAAUGGUACACGCUCGACACACAGCUGAAUUAGCGAAUGACAUUGCUCAGUCGUUGAUUAACAUGAAAUCUGAAGCCCUUCUAUAUGGGAAGGAGAACAAGGACAUCCUAAGCCUGUUGGUCAAGGCCAACGCCUCAGAAAACCCCGCAAGCCGCCUCACAGACGAGGAGAUGUUAGCACAGAUGCGCACACUCUUAUUGGCAGGCCAUGAAACUAGUUCAACUUCCCUUGUUUGGUGUAUUCUAGAACUGAGCCGCCAUCCCGAGGUACAAAGCAAACUUCGGGAAGAGAUUCGAGCGACCGAGCGGAGGCUCAACGGUAAACAAUUCACAGCGACUGAUUUUGACAACAUGCCUUACUUGGCAGCUGUUUUGAAGGAGUCAAUGCGUUUUCAACCUGCGGUGUAUCAGAAUUAUCGCAUGGCGGCGCAUGAUACUGUUCUACCUCUCUCCAAACCUAUCACGACAACCACUGGCGAAACCAUUAGUAGUCUCCCUAUUGGCAAAGGGACGAAACUUGUGCUAUCUAUUGCAGCAUACAAUAGAAAUAAGGAAGUGUUCGGUGAAGACGCUGACGUCUAUAAUCCAGACAGAUGGUUUAGAACCUCUGCAAAGAAAGGGCCCACAGUGGGUGUAUAUGGGAAUCUGCUGACUUUUGCCGGAGGGGUGCGCACUUGUGUCGGUUGGAGGUUUGCCUUGUAUGAAAUGCAAUCCCUACUGGUGGAAAUCAUCAACAACUUUGAGUUGGGACCUACGAAAGAACUGGAACGAUUGAGGCGAGAAGCUUGUUUGGUGAUGCUGCCGACUUUGGAAGGCGAGGAAAUUAAAGGCGAGAACUUACCACUCCGUGUCAGCAUAGCUGCGCGAGAUUAACUUGAAGCACUAUAUGGAUCGUUGGGUAUUGCUUCUUUGUUAUUUCCACUGUCUUUUGCCAUAUCUUUUUGUCGAUUUUGAACAACAUGUAUCAUAUCGAAAUAUCGUGUACUCGAGUUCGUAAAUCAAUUUCGAAGCGGUACAUAUUGACGCGG